GCUACCACUCGGUCGAUUGCCCCUCACGAUGUAGAGUACAUCUGGGAGUAUGGAAGGAGGUACUGUGGCUCGUAUUACAUGCCCAACGAUGAACUGGAACAGACCCGUCUCUUUCUGGUACAUGAGGUUUACAAGAGCGCGUUCGACGACGAACCUUUUAGCGCGCCGCUGGAGGAUCCUCAGAUGAUACUGGAUGUCGGCGCUGGCACAGGAGAAUGGGCCAUUGAUGUAGCUGAUCGACAUCCCGAUUGCGAAGUCACCGGCAUUGACAUCGCCGAUAUCUUCCCCAAGUUCGUUGCCCCUAACUUGUUCUGGGAGAUCGACAAUGCUGAACUCGAGUGGCUACGGCCGCCUGAUUCGUACGACUUGGUCCACUUCCGUAACAUGUCGGGCGCUUUUCGAGACUGGCCUUUCGUGUACCAGCAAGCCUUCAAAGUCUGUAAACCAGGAGGCUGGAUCGAAAUAUUGGACGACGACGAUAGGUGGAUGCCUGGCAAUUACUUCUCACGCAUACCAGGCUUUUCAGAGUCAAAGACAGCCAAGAUUGCGCUCGACUGGAAAGAUGCUCAUAUCGAGUCAGGAUACUUAAUUGGCGUUGGCCAUAUGGAGCCUCAAUUUCUUCGAGAUGCUGGCUUUGUCGACGUGAAAUCGGUUACCAAAAGGAUACCGAUAGGCCCCAAAGAAUUGUCGACGGGCAAACUUUUCCUGAAGUCGUUGUUGGAUAGCAUUGAAGCACAAGCUCUCCGGCUUCUCUGCAAGUACAAAGGGUAUACGCCAGAAGAUGUGCAUAUUGCAGCAAAUGAGUUCAGAAAGGUGUUGAAAGAAAUGGCUCUGGAUCCAGAGAUGUCCGAGGGACUCAACGUUCAGAUUAAAGUUCUUACAGGAAGAAAACCG